AUUACCAAAUAUUUUAUUACACUUGAAUAAUUAAUUAUUUAAUCAAUUAAUCCAUUUUAAUUAUUUAUUAUUGUUCUUGAAGCAAAAACCAAACUCCCAACAAAUCCCAUUCGUUCUUCACUUAAUAUUCACUUCUCCUGAAACACCAAACACAGGACAGCUCCAUUUCAUCCUCACUUUCUCUCUCUAGAAAGGUUUUAGUGAGAGAGAGAAGAAAUGAUAAACAUGGCCGAAACGACCAAACGGCCAUUAAGAAACAGAGGCUUCUACCUUAAAAUGAAGUUCUUACACAACAACACAAGACACAGAUACUUCAAAUGGAUUCUCUGGUUUUCGAUUUCUUUUUAUUUCUUUUCUUAUUUUCUAAUCACUCAAAAUAAACCCAUCAUCACCUCUCUAUCAAGAACCACCUUUUCCCGUACCCAAGCCUCACGCGCCGUCGUUGAAGAAUCUCCCCUCAGCUACCUCCAAAGAUUCGAAGAAAAUUCGGGGAUGAAGGUGUAUGUGUACGAUUUGCCGGCGGAAUACAACAGCGAUUGGCUGUCGAACGAGCGGUGCGGCAGCCAUUUGUUUGCGUCGGAGGUGGCGGUUCACAGGGCGUUGAUGAAAAGUCCGGCGAGGACGUUUGACCCGUGGGAGGCUGACUUUUUCUUCGUCCCUGUUUACGUGUCUUGUAAUUUCAGCAAAGUCAACGGCUUCCCGGCGAUUGGCCACGCACGUGCCCUCAUGGCCUCCGCCGUCGUGCACGUUUCUUCCCACCUCCCGUUCUGGAACCGCAGCGGCGGCGCCGACCAUGUUUUUGUCGCGUCACACGACUUCGGCUCAUGCUUUCACACCAUGGAGGAUGCGGCGGUGGCGGAAGGGGUGCCGGAGUUUAUGAGAAAUUCGAUAGUUUUGCAGACUUUUGGUGUGGAAGGCAACCACCCAUGCCAGGACGUCGAGAAUGUGGUUAUUCCGCCGUACGUCUCGCCGGAAAGUGUACGGACCACCCUGGAAAAGUCUCCGGUGACCGGCCGCCGCGACAUUUUCGCGUUUUUUCGGGGUAAAAUGGAAGUCCACCCCAAGAAUAUUAGCGGUCGUUUUUACAGCAAGCGCGUGAGGACGGCGAUAUUGCGGAAGUACGGCAGCGACCGGCGGUUUUACCUGCGGAGGCACAGGUUCGCCGGUUACCAGUCGGAGAUCGUCCGGUCAACGUUCUGCUUGUGCCCUUUGGGGUGGGCCCCAUGGAGCCCGAGGCUGGUUGAAUCUGUUGCCCUGGGUUGCGUCCCGGUCAUUAUCGCCGAUGGCAUCCGGUUGCCCUUCCCCUCCGCCGUGCCCUGGCCGGAGAUCUCACUCACCGUGGCGGAAUCCGACGUGGACAAUCUGGGCAAAAUUCUCGCCCACGUGGCUGCCACGAAUCUCACAGCAAUACAGAAAAACCUGUGGGACCCGGAAGUGAGGAAAGCCCUCCUCUACCACGACCCAAUAAUAGAAGGCGACGCCACGUGGCAGAUUCUCGUGUCCCUCAAGGAAAAGCUUGGUAGGUCCCACAAAAGGUCAAGGGUUUCCAUCCAAUGAGAAGCUUCCACGUCAUGGCUUCCAGCUACGUUGAGUAAGUGGUGGCGCUCCUUUCGACGUGUAUCGCAGAAGUACUUAGCGGGAGACAGCUGGAAUUUUCUUUCUUUUUUUAUGGGGAAUGUUGAAAAAUGGGUGGGGCCCACUUGCUCGAUGUGUUGGAGGGGUUAUUAUCCGCUGCUUCGCUUAUCUGGCGUUGUUGCUGUGUGUCUGACGUGGCAAUUGGAACGGGAAAUAUGUUGCUUUAGCGGCUUGGUUGUACAUCAUGGGUCGUAUGUUGUACCUAAAUACAUCUGUACAUGUGAAAAUGAGAGAGACUCGAGAUGGGGAAUUGGGACCACGUGUUUUGCGCUGGUCCACAUGGUCCGCUCUGCUGUACAAAUUGCUGGUAGAUUUUUCUUUUUUUAUU